AUGUCUUCACAAUCGGCCUACCAGCUACCCAUCUCUUUUCGCAAAUCAAACCAACUGUCCUUUGCACCCGCGGUUCGGCAAUACAUAUCCAACAAAUAUGACCAACAUCCGGAUAUGUUCCGUCAGGACAUCGAGGUCAUCGAUGCCUUACGGCGCGACGCCAUCAAUGUCCGAGAACCCCACACAAGUGGCAUCAGGAAGUUGCAAGCUUAUGCCGCGCAGCUAGUCUGGAUUAGCGGCAAAUUCCCUAUUGAUAUCGGAGCCGACUUCACUUGGUACCCCGCCCUGGGUUACAACACCGAGAGGCCCCUGGUUCAGAACAACCUUCAGUACGAGCUCUUGAACGUGCUCUACAAUCUCGCUGCCUUGUACUGCCAGCUUGCCCUCUCUACCAACGCCAAUGGAGAUUCCAACGCCAUCAAGACCGCCGCGAACUACUUCUCUCACGCUGCCGGUGUGCUCAGUCACAUGAGGACGGCCGUGCUGCCUGAAUUGCGCAUGCCAUCCCCGCCGGAAGACAUGGAUGGAGCCACUCUCGAGUCUCUGGAGCAGUUGAUGCUAGCCCAGUGCCAGGAAUGCUACUGGCAAAAGGCUGUGGCAGAGGGAUACAAGGACGCUACCAUAGCGAAGCUUGCUGCCCGCGCUUCCGACCUGUACAACUCAGCCGCCGAGGCAGCCAUGAAGAGCGAGGCCAUCAGCUCGGCGUGGAUCCACCACAUCAGUGCCAAACAUCACCAUUUUGCUGCCGCUGCACAGUAUCGUGCCUCGCUCGACUGCCUGGAGAAGCGCAAAUUCGGCGAGGAGAUUGCACGGCUGCAGGAUGCCGUCGCGUGCGCCAACGAGGGACUGAGGGAGGCGCGCGGAGGAUAUCUCAAAGAGGGCGUGGCUGAGGAUCUGAGGAGGCUCAAGAUGAGGGCAGAGGAAGAUCUGAAGAGGGCCGAACACGACAACGACAUGUUGUAUCUGCUUCCCGUCCCCACAAAGCCUGAGCUCAAGAUACUGGACCGCGCAAACCUGGCGGUCGCUCGCAUUCCGGCUCAAGUGUCAGCUCCUGUCGACCAUAUUGGCGAAGAAGCCGAAUUUGGACCUGCACUAUUUUCAAAGCUGGUCCCCUAUGCCGUUCAUAUGGCUGUCUCCAUCUACGAGGAGCGGCGUGAUCGUCUCGUCAAUAACAAUAUUAUCCACGAGCUAGAGGUGCUUACCGAGCGGAUGCAUGAGAUUUUGACCUCGCUCAAUCUUCCGGGCUCACUCCAAGCACUGGAGAAGCCUCUAGGGUUGCCAGGCCCCCUUAUACAACAUGCCGAGGAAAUCAGACAGGCCGACGGAAUCAAUCGCAUCCAACGAAGUUUUGCCGACAUUGACAAGCUCCGAUCGAGCGACAUUGCCGUGUUUGAGGAGGGCAAGUCCCUAUUAGUGACCGAGGAGGAGGAGGAUCAGAGGUUGCGUCGGAGACACGGUACUCAGCGAUGGGAUAGGCCGGAAUCUCGUCAGGAUCCCACUGGUGGCCAGAAGCUAUGGGCCCAAGUGGGUGAAAUCGAGGGCUAUUUUGCCUCGUCGACUUCAUCCGACGGUAUCGUGAGGGAAAAAUAUCUCGCUAUCGAGGAUACUUUGAUGGUUCUUUCUGGGUCCGAUCGGUCGUUGAUGGAUUUUGUACCCUCAAGCCGCCGAACCGAGAUACCAGAGUCGGUAAAACCCGCACUUGGCAGGCUUCGGGGCGCCUACAACGACGUCCUCCGGAUGGAAAGCCGACGCCGGAAGCGUGUCGAGGCGCUGCGGGAACGUGCGCGCUCUGAUGACAUCAAGCCAGACAUACUCCGUGAGACGGGGAGGCUGGAGCGUGCAUACCCAGGCACCACUUUGGCGGCCGCCCAUUUUGACGACUUCUUCGAGCGACGCCUGGACUCCCUAUACGAAGACGACUUGGCACUGCUCGAGCGGGAAGCGGCUGAGCAGGAGAAGUGUCUAAACGAGGUCAGUAGGGUGAACCGCGAGUUCGAGUCGCAGAGGAGGGCGGCGGGCGCGGACAAGGCAGGUGGCAAGGAGCGCGAGGCUUCGUUGCAGAAGCUUGACUCGGCCUUUUACAAGUACAAGGAGAUUGUCAGCAAUGUUGAGGUUGGUCGCAAGUUCUAUAACGACCUCAGCAAGAUUGUAGGAACUUUUCGCGACAACUGCCGGACUUGGGUUGCAGAGAGACGCAAAGAUGCGAGGAGCCUAGAAGACGAGAUAUCCAUGCCACCUCUCGGCUCCCUCAGCCUCCAGCAGACUCCUUCACAGCAGUCACAGCAAUAUUACUCGCAGCAGCAACAGCCUCGCAGUCCACCACAGGAGGCCCCCCACUCGGCAUGGGCUGACACUGGCAGCAUGCCGCCGCAGCAGCCUCGCCCCCUUCCUGCCGCAAAUGUUCAGCAGACGUGGUCUCAAAACAUGCCGAUUCAGUUUGGUGGGCCAUCCGGGACGGCGCAGCAGACGCAGCCUCCCCAGGCCGGUGCAAAGAAGCCGGUUGGGGGAACGUGGGAUCCUAGCGCGGGUAUUCGCUUUGGCUAG